AUGAUGUCUUCACCUCGCCUAAUCGCAGUUGUCGGCGGUACCGGCGCCCAGGGUAUCCCUGUCGUACGGGAUCUUUUGCAAUCCGGGAACUAUACCAUCCGGGCACUUACGCGCGACGCCUCUAGCUCCCGCUUCCGAAAGCUUCAGUCCUUCGGGGCAGUGGAGCCCGUCAUCGGCACAUUUGCCUCCGAGAAAGACCUACGGGCCACGUUCCGCGGUGCCUGGGGCGCAUUUGUCAACAUUGACGGCUUUAACUCCGGCGAGAAGACUGAGAUCUUCUGGUCUAUCAGGGCUUACGAGCUAGCUAUUGAAGAGGGGGUGAAGUUCUUCGUCUUUGGGAACCUUGAUUUUGCUUAUAAGAAGAGUGGGUUUAGGCCCGAGUUCAGAGCCGGUCACUACGAUGGCAAAGGACGUAUCGGCGAAUGGAUCCUACAGCAGAACCGCGAAAAUCAACAUCGCAUGAAGGCCGCCCUUUUUACAACUGGUCCGUAUAUGGAGAUGACCAUCUCCUAUAACACACCUAUGACUGUUUCUGUUGAGAAUGGCGUGGCGACGUGGCGUCUGCCUCUGAAAGACGGUGCUGUACCCUACGUUUCCCUGGACGACUGCGGUUACUACGUGAAAUGGCUAUUCGACCACCCCGAACAAGCGAACGGACUCGAUCUCGAAGUUGCUAUUGACCACAUCGGGCGCGACGAACUAGCCCAAGCCUUCGAAAAGGUCACUGGACACCCAGCUCGCGCCAUCAACCUCGGCCUCGACGAAUAUUUCGCCGAUGUGUGGACGGGGAUAAACCCUUCGCUUCCUGCGGGGUACAACGCAGAUCCGAACGACCCAGCCGUUGAGUCUUAA